CAAAACAAGCUUUUGAUCAAACAAGAGAGAGAAAAAAAAACCAACAUGAAGGCCUCAGCAUUCUUCAUUGCUGUAUUGCUUAUUGUAUCAUGUUCAUCAUCAGUGAUAAUGGGAAUUAGCUAUCAUGAGAACCAUUGCCACGACUGGAAAGAUUGUGCGAUAUGGUGCAAACAAUAUAUUCCUCAACCACAGUGUAUUAACCAUAUUUGCAAUUGUAAACCAAAAUCUCUUACCACCAACGACGAGAUAGCUAAAUCGACUUCUUCUUACAAUUUGAAUGACUAAAAUGAUUAUAUAUGUAUCCAUGAGAAAUUAUCUUGUUAAACUUCAAUCUGAAAAAAGUAUUACAACUCUUCAUUAAUAAAGUAAUACAUUUUUAUUUGAA